AUGAAGGUCCCUGCAGCUGCCCUGGCCUCUCUGCUCCUUAUGUCCAUCUGCUCCUCAGCUGAGGUCCAUCACGGUGACUCCAGCGUUGCUGCCUCCCCCCAGAAGCCAGACACCCCCAUCGCCUGCUGUUUUUCGUACAUUGGACACCGCCUCCCGCACUAUCUCAUCACCUCUGCCUACAUGACCAGCAGCCAGUGCAGCCAGCCAGCAGUGAUCCUGGUCACCAAGACGGGGAGGGAGAUUUGCACAGACCCCGAGGCGCGCUGGGUGCAGGAGCAUCUGAAGCACUUCCAGAAGCCGGAGUACUGA